UGAUCUGGAUUUUCUGUUCCGAAACUAAAUGGCGGGUGAGUUCUCUGCGCAUGCGUAUAAUGACACGUGGGUUAGGUUUUCCACUUUUCAUUAUGUUGAGUGGAUUAAAACCUAGAGUACUGAGAUGUAAAAGGUUGAGACAGUCUUACUGCUCUUCCUCUCCAGCAAAAGGAAACGACAGUGAAGUUUUAAAUAAGCAAUUACUAAAGGCUGGGAUGAGUUAUCUCAAGGACACAGAGAAAACUAGAAAGAGUGUGGAGCUUCGCAAACUGGACAUCAAUAUUGAUCAGUUGUUAGUUGACUAUGGUAAGUAUCAGCAAAUAUUAGGGAAGCUUGAUAAUGCAUUGCUUGAGAAGAAAGCGGAAGCUGGAGUUGUGUCAUCAAAAGGAGAUGUCAACGAGAAAGGCAGAAGUAUCGAUAAAUUAAGAGAUCUUAAAGGCACAAUAAAACAAUUAAAAACUGAGCUGCACCAAAUGGAGAAGUCGUUAGUCCCAAAUGUCUCUCGCCUUCCAAACAACAUUCAUCCCAAUGUGCCGAUUGGUAAUGAACCAAGACUAGUAGAGUACCUCAAUGCAAAGCCUGGUACGUAGUGUGUGUGUGUGUGUGUGUUUGUAUGUGUGUCUGUGUGUGUUUGUAUGUGUGUUAUCAUGUUUAUGGUAGCAGUUUGCAUUUAUUGCAAUUUGAAUGAAUUAUUAAUUUAUUUGAAGCAAAAAAUUAAAUUAACAAAAACUUAUUUCAGCCUAAAACUGAAAAGUCCAACUACUGCUUCAAGUUCUAUAGAUACUAUAUUAGAAUUGCAAAAUUCAAGUUCUGACACUGCAUCAGUUAAUCAAACUGAACAAGACAGUAGUAGUACUCGUAAGAGUCAGCAUUUUUGACUGCUUUAUCUGGA